AUGAUUCUGGUUGCAGACCAGAUCAGUAAAGUCCAGGGGGUCAAGAAGAUUCUAGUGGCUCAACAUGACUGCUACAAAGGACUGUUACCAGAGGAAUUGACUCCUUUGAUUUUUGCUACCCAGAAACAGUUCAACUUCACACACAUCUGUGCAGGAGCUUCUGCUUUUGGGAAGAAUCUCCUUCCCAGAGUGUCAGCCAAGCUGGAUGUUGCAACUCUCUCUGACAUCACCGAGGUCAAAUCUCAAGACACCUUCGUUAGAACCAUUUACGCUGGUAAUGCCCUGGCCACAGUGAAGUGCAAUGAGAAAGUCAAGGUGUUCACAGUGAGGGGAACUUCCUUUGAACCUGCUGCUGUGGAGGGAGGCAGUGCUGCUACUGAACAGGGUACAUUGCCUCACCCUCUCCUGGGGAGGAUGUCAGAAUGGCUUGAGCAGAGCCUGACCAAGAGCGAUCGACCAGAGCUCACUAGUGCCAAAGUGGUGGUGUCCGGAGGACGAGGGCUGAAGAGCGGUGAGAACUUCAAACUGCUGUACGACCUCGCUGACAAAAUGGGCGCUGCAGUGGGGGCUUCAGGAGCUGCUGUGGAUGCUGGCUACAUCCCCAAUGACAUGCAGGUUGGCCAGACUGGCAAGGUUGUAGCACCUGUUAAAGGGAAUUAA